AUGGCCGAAUCGUAUCCCACCCUCACGCAGUGUGCCCUCGUCGCCGGCGCACUCAAAGUCCUCCUCUUCCCGGCCUACAAAUCCACCGAUUUCGAAGUCCACCGCAACUGGCUCGCCAUCACCAACAGCCUCCCGAUAUCAGAAUGGUACUACGAGAAAACGUCAGAAUGGACCCUCGACUACCCUCCCUUCUUCGCCUACUUUGAGUGGGCCAUGUCCCAGGUCGCCAAGCUCGUCGACCCGGCCAUGCUCAAACUUUACAACCUGGAAUACGAUAGCUGGCAGACGGUCUACUUCCAGCGAUGGACCGUCAUUAUUUCUGAGCUGGUUCUCGUUUACGCGCUGCAGCGGUUCAUCGACUCUGCCACCGGUCCCACGAGACGGGCUGCCCAAGCUGCCGCCAUCUCCAUCCUGUUGUCGCCCGGUCUCCUCAUCAUUGACCACAUUCACUUCCAGUACAACGGUGCCAUGUACGGUGUGCUCAUCCUGUCACUCGUGCUGGCCAGAUCCAAGUCGGGCUUGCUGGGCAGCGGAUUGGUCUUUGCUGCGUUGUUGUGCAUGAAGCACAUCUACCUGUACCUGGCGCCAGCCUACUUUGUGUUCUUGCUGCGCGCAUACUGCCUCUCGCCCAAGUCCAUCUUUAGGAUUCAGUUCUUCAACUGCGUCAAGCUGGGCGGCGGCAUUGCGGCCAUCUUUGGUGCUGCUUUUGGCCCGUUUGCCGCCCUGGAACAAAUCCCCCAGAUGAUGAGCCGACUGUUUCCCUUCUCGCGGGGCCUCUGCCACGCCUACUGGGCUCCCAACAUCUGGGCGCUCUACUCGUUUGCCGAUCGCGUUCUGAUCUAUGCCGCACCCCGCCUCAACCUGCCGGUCAAGGCCGAAGCAAUCAACAGCGUCACCAGAGGACUCGUCGGAGACACGGCCUUUGCCGUCUUGCCAGAGAUCACCCCGCGGACCUGCUUCGCUCUAACGCUCUUCUUUCAGGUGCUGCCAUUGAUCAAGCUCUUCUUCCAAGCACCCCCCACAUGGGAUGCCUUCAUCGGGGCGGUAACGCUCUGCGGCUAUGCUUCGUUCCUUUUCGGAUGGCAUGUGCAUGAAAAGGCCAUUCUCUUGGUCAUCAUUCCCUUCAGCCUGAUCGCCCUCAAGGAUCGUCGUUACCUUGGCGCGUUCCGGCCGCUGGCGGUUGCCGGCCACGUAUCUCUCUUUCCCCUGCUCUUCACCUCGGCCGAGUUUCCAAUCAAGACGGUGUACACCAUCUUCUGGCUGGUGUUGUUCCUCAUGGUGUUCGACCGCUUGGCUCCGGCUUCGCGCAAAGCGAGAUUCUUCUUGCUGGACCGGUUCAGCACGUUGUACAUUGCCGUCAGCAUCCCGCUGAUUUUCUACUGCUCGCUGCUCCACCAGGUUGUGUUUGGGAAGCGAUACGAGUUCCUGCCACUCAUGUUCACCAGCUCAUACUGCGCUGUAGGCGUGGUUGUUGCCGGAGGUCUAAAAGAGACGCUUGGUCCCGAGGGAAACUACAUUUUGGAGCUAACGGCUGAGCAGGGGGACCGGGGGUCGUGGGCCAUUUGGACACAACCCAUUGUAUACCACGAACAAGCCAAAGAACAAAACAGACACUUGUCGCAAUUGCGCCAAAAUCACUUACACGGAGCCCGGAGGCCCGGAGCGGCCACGGCGGACCAUCCCGGCGUUGAUAUCAUGACCGACAGGCCGCGCUGCGUAUCGGUCACACCUUUGAGUGCUCAAUCGAAAGCCCCAGCCAUGGCGAGCCCAACGAGUACAAAUUCGCGGGUGGCCGACGCGGUUGUGGGAUUCCCGAGGCGGACGGAGUCGUGGCGGGUGGAGGAGGGUAAGGAGGCCUGGUGCGCAGGCGCCUGGGAGAUGGGAUGCGGAGGCACCGUGGGCCGAACGGGCCAAGCGGGCCAGGACCGCUUUUCACUGGCGCCCUUCUUCUCUUUUUCCCUUUCCUUUCCUCCUCCCCCCCAAGGCUCACCACUUCCUUUCCCACCUUUUGUUUUUUUCCCCCGUCGUUUCACCCACGACUCGCAGGCUGCGCGUUUUCUCACCAACCCGCGACCACAACCACGAACCAUCGAUACCGUCAAUCAUACAGCCAUCUCCGACACGUCAUCUGCGAGCCGCACCGCGUCCCCCGCGAGUCUCGCGUGUAAGUGCACCCGCCGACCCGUCCUCCCCCUGCCCGACACCCACGACCGCGCCUCCGCUCGCUCCGGCCGCGACCACAACACACCCGCCAGACCGCCACAACGCGUUUCCUUUGCCCAGCAAAUGGUCCUCGAGCCAACCGCCAACAUGGUUCUCUUCAAGCGUAAACCGGUGCAGUUUCUGGCUCCCAAGGACGUCAAGGAUGACAAUUCAGAGGUUCGCAGAGUGACAUUCACGAAUAAUGCGACGAAUACUGAUGCAGGCUCCCAGGUCUGGCAUAUCCCACAGACCGGCGAGGUCUUUGCCCAAUAUGAGGAUUAUCUUACCAGAAUGGAUUUCUACAAACAGCGGCGCUUCAUCUGCCAGAUCACAGGACACUCCGGCCUGACUUUUUUCGAAGCACUCAAGAGCGAACUCGCCGGUGCCGAGGAGGUGGAACAAGCGUUUCCCGAAGCUCUUAAGGGCCCCGUCCUGCGUCGCGUCCAAUUCCAAACGGUGUCCCGAAUCGAUGCGCUUGUCGACUUGGUGUUUGACGAGUUUAGAGCCGACUACUACCCGGGCGAGGCCGUGACCGUCAGCACGGCGGAGAGCGAGAGAUUGCAGGGCGUCGUGCGAGAAAAGACCCGGUUCGGCGGCAAGAUUUUGCCAGACGGCACCCAGACCGCCCCCUACACACGCUAUACGGUCAGCUUGGAGGAACGCCCCGGGAUCGAGGCCGUGGUCGACGACGACCAUAUUUUCCGCGAUCGCAAAAUAUUUACAAAGUCGGUUCUGCGCUCCUUCAUCAAGAAGACGGUGACGCGUGAGGCAUGGAACGGAGCGCCGUGGCUCGUGAAGCACGAUGUGGCGGCACAGUACCACAUCGAUUCCCGGGUCCCGCCUCACCUACGCUACGAUACCAAGUUGAUGGAGAGGAAGCAGCUGCAGGCCCAGAAGCGCGCCAGCCAGACUCCGACGCAGGACGGCAACGGCACCAACGGCGUCAACGGCGCCAUCCAGAACGGCCCUGCGCGGCUACCCGAGCUGAAGCCCGCAUUCAAGAGCCAAAAGGGCAAGCAUCAAUCGCCAGAGUUCCCUCAAGGCCAGAACGGCUCGCCAAACAUGGCGUCCGAGGCCGGCAUCUUCCACGCCCCGCCGCACAAGAACCCCUUCCAGCUGCCGCUCAACUUCCGGAAUCAACCGCUACCGCACUCCAUGACUGCGCCCGAGCCGCCGCCGCCGCCGCCACCGCCAAAGUACCCCAUUGAGGAUCUCCAGGUGCCUCUGAGAGAGGGCGUCGUCAGACCCGCCCUGGCGUUCCUCUGCAACGACCCCCCGACUGCCUCCGAUGUGGCCGUGAAUGGCAACGCCAGCAUACGCGACAAGCUGUCGAUGAAGUCGAUUGGCUCGUUCUUGGAGACGUGGGACACCCUGAAUGUGUACUGCGAAAUUUUCAAGCUCGACUCGUUUACGUUUGACGACUUUGUGGAGGCCAUGUCUGUAGCAUCAGAGGAGACCAAGGUCCAGCUGUUUGAGGAAAUCCACUGUGCGGUGCUCAAGCAGAUUGUGAGUGCUGAGGCAGACGGCGGCAAGGUGAACGUCCAGCUGCCCGAGCUAGAGGACGAAGAGGAGGACUCUGAGGAAGACGAGGAUGAGGAGGAGACCAAGGAGCCGACCCCGGAAACCGAUCGGCCGCCUGCAAGAGCCACACGAAGCAGUCUCGCCAAAGCCGAGGCCGAGAGGCUGCUGGCCGAGGCGAGGGCAGCGGAAAAGGAAAGCCAGAAUGCGGAGCCCGAGAUCAAGCACCGCGCUGAGGACCUCCUUGAAGAGUACGACUGGAUUGAGGAGCUCAGGAAACGCAAGUUCCAAAACGGCGGCUGGGAGAGAAUCGUCGUCGGUCUGCUGCACCAGCUCUCCAAAAAUGAGAGGAUGGAGGAGCAGUGCGAGGAUUUGCUCGCCCAGCUGUGUCCCCCCGACGAGGACCCUACCCAAGAGACGGUGCAGGAGCACUAUGCUCGACUCGACGUCAACUACCGUGUGCAGGCGCUGCAGAUCAUCUGCAUGCUCACAACGCAGACCAAAGCGAUGCGUACCUACAUGGAAGAAUGCAGCGAGCAAAUGACGGCUUUCCGCAAGGAAAAGAUUGACUGGCAGCGGCAGAGGAAGCAGGCCAUCGAGGAACUGCGUGCUCUCAACGACCAGCGCAAGAUAAUGCUCCCCGACAACAUGCCGCCGUCGCCGCCUCCCGAGCCAAAGGCAGACGAGGAUGUCAAGAUGACGGACGCAGACGAGUCGGCAGCUGACGCCGCCGACGCCGAGGACGAAGUGGCCGACUCUGACGAGGAGGGAGCACCCCGCAGGAACUUCCGCCGUGCCAACGACCGCGCCGCGGAGAGGCAACGCAAGCGUAAGGAGGAGCUCGAGCGGAAAGAAAAGGCUGCCGAAGCCGCAAAGGCACCCAAGCAGUCGAAGCAGUUCCUUAAGGUCCUCAAGGAUAUCCAGAAGAAGGAGGACUUUAUCAAAAAGUGCGAAGACGAGAUCGCCGUGAUAGACAACGACCUCCGCGAAGCCGACUGUGGCCGGACCCGUGUUUUGGGUAAGGACCGAUUCUGGAACCGGUACUACUGGUUCGAACGCAACGGCAUGCCGUACGGGGGGCUCCCGGACAGCUCAACCGCUGCUGCCGAGUACGCCAACGGUUGCAUAUGGGUGCAAGGCCCUGACGAGCUGGAGCGCCAAGGGUACAUUGACACCGACCCCGAGUACCAGGCCGAGUACCAAACCAAGUUUUCUAUGACGGUGCCGGAGCGGAAGAAGUUGGAAGAGGGCCCCACCAGCGUCUUCAACGCCCAUCAGUGGGGCUACUAUAGCGAGCCGGAGCAGGUCGAUGAGCUCCUCAAGUGGCUGGAUCCGCGGGGCUUCAACGAGUUGCGACUUCGGAAAGAGAUCGUGGCGUUCCGGGACAAGAUUGUUCAGCACAUGGAGAACCGCAAGACGUACCUCGCCGCCGCGGAGCCCGAGGAGCAGCAACAGCAGGAGGAGGAGAAGGAAAAGGAAGAGAAGGAGAAGAAGGGCAAGAGGCGCGACUCGAAGCGCAUGAGCACCAGAGGCCGCCAGCACGAGCCGACGCCCGAACCCACAAACUACCGCUGCCUCGCGUGGGAGAAUUCCACGGCCAUGGAGGAGCUCGGCCAUCUCCACUCGGAGCCGCCGCCGCCUCCGAGACCAAAGAAGCAGACGGCCAAGAAGCGACAGGCCGUGGAGCCGUCGCCCGAGCCCGCGCCCGCUCCCAAGACGAGGCGGCCAUGGCCCGACGUUGGUGAAGGAUUUCCAUUUAGCAUUGGGCGGGCUGGCUGUAUCUGGGCGGACGGCGCAUGUGGUCUCUGCAUAUUCACUACAUGGGGCCAGGAUUAUAGACUCUCCAAAAGAAUCAUUUUGAUGACGAUGAUAUGCGUCAAGAUUUUUAAGGAUUCUUCCCAACGGAGAUUGGACGGAGAGUACGGCGGUUCGUAUCUCAAUUACAUGCAGGUUACCACCGUGUUUGAAUCAGCUGAGGAGAGACUCGAAGAAAUACAAGAAAUCAUUGACAAGGACCGAAUUUUCAACGACUUGGAACUUCGGGAUGUACCUGAAGCUGCUUGCUACCCCGCUCUCGACUGCGCAUACUGCCCAAAAGGGCAAUUAACCUGGGAUCUACUGCAUUUCCUUUGUUCGAUCCGCCGUAGUCAGCCAGCCAUACGUGUGUUUUCGCCUGGUCUGGGCGCCGCAGUCACACCCCAACAUCGGCUUGACCGUGUCGGGCUGAAUGCAUAA